AUGCCCGGCCCCUGCGCCGGUCGAGAUCUCGGAGCGCAGCAGCGGAGCAGUGAGCGCCGAAAGCAUGGCCGCGGGGCCCGGCUGCCGGCUGAGUCCCCUUCUCCUGGUGUCGCUGUGGGGGCUCUCGGCUUCGCCUGCCUCCGCCUUGCAGCCUUCCUCCUCCGGCGCCUGGGCCAGCACGUGCAGCAGUUCCAGGAGCGCUCGAGCCCGGACCCAGGCCCUGGCCUGGGCGCGCCGGUCCUCCCCAAGGCGGGGUGGCCUCAGCAGCCCCUGGACCCCUUCAACGCGACCGAUGGCAGGUCCUUCCUGCAGCGGUACUGGGUGAAUGCGCAGCACUGGGCCGGCCAGGACGCACCUGUGUUCCUGCACCUGGGGGGCGAGGGCGGCCUGGGCCCUGGCUCCGUGAUGAGAGGGCACCCGGCGGCCCUGGCCCCAGCCUGGGGGGCCCUGGUGAUAAGCCUGGAGCACAGGUUCUACGGGCUGAGCGUCCCUGCUGGGGGUCUGGGCCUGGCCCAGCUGCGCUUCCUGUCCAGCCGCCAUGCGUUGGCUGACGCCGCCUCUGCCCGGCUGGAACUCUCCCGCCUGCUCAAUGUCUCGGCCUCCAGCCCCUGGAUCUGCUUCGGAGGCUCCUAUGCCGGUUCCUUGGCCGCCUGGGCCCGGCUGAAGUUCCCCCAUCUCGUGUCCGCCUCGGUCGCCUCCUCGGCCCCGGUGCGGGCCGUGCUGGACUUCUCUGCGUACAACGAGGUGGUGUCCCGAAGCCUGACGAGCACGGCGAUUGGCGGGUCCCUGCAGGUAGGGGUGGAGCCCAGUCCCGCGCACAGCGAGAGAGGCCUUGGACGAGGGUCAAGACAGGGGCGGAGCCUGCGAGAUGGGGGCAUGGUCAUGCGCAGCCUGUGCCUGAGGUGUUUCAGCGUGUCCCGAGCAGAGACAGUGGCGCAGCUGAGGGCCACAGAGCCCCAGGCGGCCGUCGUGGGUGACCGGCAGUGGCUGUACCAGACGUGUACCGAGUUCGGCUUCUACGUCACCUGUGAGCAUCCACGGUGUCCUCUCUCCCAGCUCCCAGCCCUGCCCUCCCAGCUAGCUCUGUGCGAGCAGGUGUUCGGGCUGUCGGCGACAUCUGUAGCUCAAGCUGUGGCUCAGACAAACUCCUACUACGGGGGCCAGACCCCAGAGGCCACCCGGGUGCUGUUCGUGAAUGGGGACACAGACCCCUGGCAUGUGCUAAGUGUCACCCAGACCUUGGGACCCUCGGAGCCAGCCCUCCUCAUCCCUAGUGCCUCACACUGCUCAGACAUGGCGCCUGCGAGGCCCUCAGACCCCCCCAGCCUCCUCCUGGGGCGCCAGAACAUCUCCCAGCAGCUGCGGACCUGGCUCUGGGCAGCCAAGGACAGCCAGGUGAGAAGUGGGGUCUGAGCCAGCACGGCCCUGGGCCCAGCACUGUUCUGCAGAACCUCCUGUGUCUGCCAGCACCCAUGCCCUGCCGAAGACUGCGA